ACCAACUGAAGAGGUUUUUAUCGAAAUUGAGAUAACUAUUGAUUAUGAUAGUAGAUGGUAUCAAAUAUAGUUCCUAAAAAUUUGAGUUAAAAGAAAUACAUAUUUAUACUAGAAAAAGUCAUUUGAAAGUGUAAAAAAAUUAACGAGAUUUGAAAUGGCUAUGUCAUGGCCGAAAGCGGAAGUGACGUUUUAGUAUGGAAAUAGAGGAAAAAUGGCGAGUUCGUUUUCAGAGGGUGAAAUGAACCCAUAUCAGUUUGAUCCACUACGUCUACCUGAUCAUUCCAGUGAUGACAGUAAUUCAGAUGAUAGCUGUCAAACAAUUUUAAAUAACAGUGACGAUAACCUAAAUGUAGAUCUAGAUCAGAAUGAAUUUGCCGAUAAUUCAUGGUGUAAAUGUGGAAAUUGUGGUAUUCCAGCCAAAAAGGAGGAAAAGAAAUGUUGCUAUGAUGAAAGUACAAUUUCAAAAAAGAUGAGCAUUCAUAACAUUGGUUGUAUUACCAACCAUCCAGAUUUUUAUUCUGUAUGCCUCAAUCUUGCAGUGCUAGAAGUUGCUUUCUAUCAAUAUUCUGAAGAAAAUGCAACUAAUCACAAAGACGUCGACAUACACAGAAAAUACAGAUAUGUGGCAUAUAGACAGUUUGCAAGGUGGAUCUUUCACCGUCUGGGAAGAAAAAGGAGAGUGAUACUCCCUGCUUGUGUGGUGAAACAAAUCAGAGACAAAUUUCCAAGUGAAUUAUACACAGGCUUUAAAUAUCCUCGGUUAUAAUUAUCAUGAGUGCUAAUUUUAUAAAUUUAAAUGACAUUACAUUGCAAUCUAAUUUGUUCAUUUAUAUUAGAAAUUGAAAUACAGCAGUACUUAAAUGUUGGUUCAAAUACGAAAUAAAAUAAAUACUUUUCAGGUUUCAAAUGGAUCAGCAACUAACUGAUCACAUAUGACUUCAGCUUAUACAACCUUAAUCUCUUUGUAGUAUAAUUAUUUAAAACAGGAUAUUAUAAUAUAAUUGUUAAACAACAUAGAAAAAAAAAGUUAACCCUUUAAAUUUUAUUUGUCUUGCUUUAGAAUUACAUGACAUGAGUUCUGUCAUUGAUAUCUGCUUUUCUUUGCGCUAACUGCUUCAGAUCUUGGAAGUACUCUUGGAUCAUUGUAAGUUAAAGGAGCUGGUGUUUUAUUAUUUUGUGACUCAAGCCUGUAAUUAGCUUUGUUUAAGGAAGGGUUGGUUAUUCUAUACUCAACUAGAUAAGAAAGCAAAUCUUCAGCGUAAUUGAACGUAGCAUCUUCUAAUAUAGGAUUUACACUCACAUGAUCUUUAUUUUGUUUUCUGUAAUGAAGACUAAAUCUUUCUGUACCAUCUAAUGUUUUUGCCUGAACUCUAUUAUUAUUUUCAUUAAAAUGAAGUGCAGCAACAGCAAGUCUGCAAAACAUUCCUUCAUACCAAAAGUGAGUAUUUUUGGGAGCAAAAUGCAAUAUAAGACUGUGAAAAGCUUCUAAGGAACUUGUACGGUGUGUUGAAAGUUUGGAAAUAUCAUUAAUUAAUUUUUUAUUAUUGAAAAACGUCUGUAAAUUUACAUGGGCUUUACUUUGAGGUUUGAUCCAUUUUUUUGUCUUAUCCUGCGCAUCAAUAGAUUCAUGCAAACAUUUUGGGAAAAUGUCAUUUUCGUGUUCAUGGAUAUUAAUGAUGUGAUUUUGUAUACUUAGCCAUUUUGACUCCAUUUCCUUUUCAUUUGAAUUACAGCUACUAGCUAUCCAAUAUACCAUAUUGGUAAUAGAUUUAAUCCAGUCCUCUAUGACUGAACAGCCUUUCUGAUUACUCAGUUUAAUAAGCUUUUUUUUAAUACUUUUGGAUAUAUGCCAAACGUCAAAAGUGUGUUUUAUUGAUGGCUUUUCUACUCUUAAAAACUUUCUAAUCUGCACAUGUCUAUCACUCACAAUUUCUGAUAUACAUAAAUUAAAAGAAGACAAGUAGGUCAAACAACGUUUUAACCCCUCCAGUUCCAUGUGGUUAGAGCCCUUAACUUCAUUAGAUUGAAUAAGCUGAAAGUCUAAUAUGUAACCAGUUUUUAUGUCGAUGCAUGUGUAACUGCCAUACUUAGCACAAUGCCCUGGGGAAUCACAUCUUGCAUCUCCUGCAAGAACAAUAGGUUCUUGGCGUCCCUUAACUUUUGCCAUAAUCGAUGAUUUUGCCUUCUCCCAAAAAUUCCUAACUACUGGUUGUAUAUAUAACCUUUGGUAGUUAUGGAAAUGACGAAUGCUAUAAAUGGGUAUGUUGAGAAAAUUGAAAAAUCUUAAUACUUUUAGAGGAGACAAUCCAGAAACAAUUAUUGCAGCCGAUGACAAAAUGUUACCCCAAGGCAUUUGGCUAUGUACUGGCUGACUACACCAUUUCCAGGUGCAGUUUUUUUUUACAUUUCCCAUAAGCAGUUACCAUUGUCCCUGAAGUGAAAAGUGUAACUUCUGGAUUUAAAACAUUGCAAAUGAGACAUCUUGCAAAAAGUUGCAUUAAACAUGUCUCAAAGAUUAUGUAUUUUUUCUCUUUAUGUGGAUCAUGCCCUUUUACAUCAGUACUGAAAUUGUAAUAAUUAUUGCUGUCAUUCAAACUUAUAUCAUUAAAUGUGGAAUCACUUGCUGAUGACAAGGAUGAAAGUGAGCUAAGAUUAUGUGAAUUAAGGUUAUCACUGUAUUCAUUGCUAUCUUUAAUCUUACGCUUUUUUGGUGUUGAAGAUUCUUGAGGGAUGAAAUUUGUAGUUUGUGUUUUUCUAGAUUUCAUGAGGACUUUCUUGGGUUCGAUGUCAAUUGUCACAGUUCGGCUUAUUGAACAUGCAUUUUUUGCUGCUUCCUGUUAAAAUAUAAACAUAUAGAAUUUUAAGUUAUAAAUGCACGAAUAUAUUAAAAAGUAGUAAUAUUUUUAAAAAUUGUUAUACAUCACAUGAUUCAGAAUACUGUAUUUACUAUGAGCAAUGUUUUUUUUUUGUGUGUAUUUGUGUAAAAAUCUAAUGAAAGAUCAUUUUUAUUACCUGCAGCUCAGUGACGUCCAUAAUAGUUAAAUGCAAAUCUACUUCAUUUGAAGUUUUGUGACUUUCAGUGCUCUGUUUUGAAAAUUAGUAAAUAUCUUUUUACUUUCAUUAGCAAAAUGUGAAAAUAAAUAACAAUAAUAAAUUACUUACUUGGCUGUCA